UCGCGGAAAGAAUAAUAUUAAAAAUUUGGAGCUGUGUGUACCCUGAGCCGACAUAAAGCUGUCUGCGUUGGCUGAUUGGUGGUGCCGGUGCGGUGUCGUUUCCAUUUUCAAGUUCAGUUGUACGAUUGUCGUGGAGUGUGUUGUUUGAAUAAGUCCAAGGAGUUGUACCGGGAUCAACAUAAUGGCCAACAUUGGAAAGAUUUUUGCCUCUCGCGCCUGCAUUUUGGCCAAAGCAGCCAAUGCCAACAAUGCUCGCUUCUACUGCAGCGCUUCCCCGGCGACAUAUGAGUUCAUCAAAACCGAACUUGUCGGCGAAAAGAAGAAUGUCGCACUGAUCACACUGAACCGCCCGAAAGCCCUGAAUGCACUGUGCAAGGGACUGAUGAACGAAGUCAGCCAGGCUCUGGAUCAGUACGACAGCGAUGACAAUGUUGGAGCCAUCGUCAUCACUGGCAGCGAGAAGGCCUUCGCAGCUGGUGCUGACAUCAAGGAGAUGCAGAACAACACCUAUGCCAAGUGUAUCACCGGAAACUUCCUGAACAACUGGACUAGCGUCGCCAAGGCCCAGAAGCCGGUCAUUGCUGCCGUCAAUGGAUACGCUUUGGGCGGUGGAUGCGAGUUCGCCAUGAUGUGCGAUAUCAUCUACGCCGGAGAUAAGGCCAAGUUCGGUCAGCCGGAAAUCGCCCUCGGAACUAUUCCCGGAGCUGGCGGUACCCAGCGCACUGCCCGUGUUAUCGGCAAGUCCAAGGCCAUGGAGAUGUGCUUGACCGGUAACAUGAUCAACGCUGAGGAAGCUGAACGUUCUGGACUGGUCAGCAAAGUUUUCCCGGCUGACAAGGUGGUCGGUGAGGCCGUCAAGCUUGGAGAGAAGAUCUCUUCGUUCUCGCCACUGAUUGUGCAGCUGUGCAAGGAAGCCGUCAACACUGCUUAUGAAACCACACUGAAUGAAGGACUGAAGUUCGAGAGACGUCACUUCCAUGCCACCUUCUCCACCAAGGAUCGCCAAGAAGGAAUGACCGCAUUCGUUGAGAAGCGUGCUCCCAAAUUCAUUAAUGAAUAAAUGUGCCUAAAUCAAAAGCCAAUUUGUGCAACUCAGGAUAAAUAUGAAUAGGCAGUGGCCCUACUCGAGCAUUCGAUGCAUUUAUUAUUAUCUAGGCAUUCUGCUUUCAUUACCUUAAAGGUAACAUGUACCAAUUUAUUUUUUAGUAUAUUACAUAAUCAUAUAAAAGUUAAAAUAA